AUGUUCGGGCCCCAUCACGCUGACAGUCAGAACAGUUUGCAUGAAGACUCUGAACAUUCCGACAGACAUUUGGAGCACGACUUUCGAGGUCACCGCUCGGAUAAUGAUGAACAGAGGCAAAAUGGUGUGGUGCUUAAGAGUUAUAAACCGCUGAAUCAAGAGUUCGGAGAAACUGAUCAAAGAAGAAGCAAAUCAAUGGGAAUGAAGAGUGAGCAAAGUUCUGCUGAAGUUCAUGGAGCAGCAGGAGAAUCAUUCGAUCAGAAUUUUCAACGAGAACAUGAGCAGGACGAUCAGCGGAGGAUGAACAUGGGAUCAGGACAUGGAUCCCGCGAAGGUAAUCGAACAAGAGUUGACAAUGGGAGAAAUGAGCCAAACACAAAACAAUCUUACACUGCAAGACCAGAAGAAUCUCGUGUGGAUGCGAGUGAUGACUACCAUCAAAAACAACUUGAUUCUGGCAGACAGAAUGCAGUACAUAGACGGGAAGAUGAGCGUUUUGUGGAGGAGCGACCAGCAACUAGAGAAACCCAUCUAGGAAGUGAUAGAAACUACAGAGAAUCUUACGUACAACGAGAAGCACAUGGAGACAUGACUGAGCAACAGUUUCAGGACGAUCAGCGGAGGAUGCACUUGGAGAGAGGUCAUGGACCCCGCGAAGGUAAUCAAACAAGAGUUGACAAUAGGAGAAAUGGGCCAAAUCCAAAAGAAUCUUACACUGCAAGACCAGAAGAAUCAAAUGUGGAUGCGAAUGAUGACUACCAUCAAAAACAACAUGAUUCUGGCAGACAGAAUGCAGUCCAUAGACGGGAAGAUGAGCGUUAUGUGGAAGAGCAUCCAGCGACUAGAAAUAAACGUUUAGGAAGUGAUAGAAACUACAGAGAAACUUACGUGCAACGAGAAGCACAUGGAAACGGGACCGAGCAACAGUUUCAGGACGAUCAGCGGAGGAUGAGCAUGAGGUCAAGUCAUGGAUCCCGUGAAGGUAAUCAAACAAGAGUUGACAAUAGGAGAAACGAGACAAGUCCAAAACAAUUUUACACUGCAAGACCACAUGGGAACAUGACCGAGCAGCAAUUGCAGGAUGAGCAACGGACGAUGCACAUGGAGACAGGAUACAAAACUCCCAAUGCGGAUCAAAGAAGGAAGAACGAUAAGGCUUGUCAAAAUCAAGAAAACUACAAUGAUCCUCGUAUGACGGUAAAUGGAGAUUUUCAUCAGCGACGAAAUAGUUUUGACAGUCAGCAAGAAGAGCGGAGACUAAGGGGAGACGAGCGUCACAUCGAACAGAAUCGAGCAUCAAGAGAAAACGAACAAAUGAGAUUUGAGAAAAAGCGAGAGCAAAAUUUUGCAAAUCCCAGAGUGGCACAAGAACGGAUGGGCGCAUCAAGUUAUCAAAACGUCCACGGAUUCGUUGAGCCCAGGGAACUAGAAACUCAUGAAGAGCCGAGAGGUCACGGAUUUCACGAAAAUGAUCGAACAAGCCUUGAGCCGAAUUACAAAAAUGUCUCCAUGAAUCCCAGAGGGGUGUUUGAUCAAGGAGUGCAACGGUAUGCAGAGAAUCGAGAAGAUUGGUCGGAUGAUCAGCAGAGGAUGUACAUGGAACCAGGUCAGAGACACCGCGAAGAUCACCAAACGAGAGUUGGCAAUAGAGGAAAUGGGCCAUAUCGCGGAAAUUCUCACAAUACUUCAAGGGCUGAUGAACUUCAUCUUCAGCGCCGUCAAACCAACAAUAGCCAGAUUCAUAAUCAGCAAUUUGAUGAUCAUUUCGUCGACAAUAGAAAAACUCAUUCCUACAAUGGACCAGAAGAUAAAGACCCUAAUCACUUACGAUUGUCGUUGGAACAACAGGAAAUCAGAAAUAUAGACGGAUUUAAUCAAAUGAAAAGAAUGAUGGAAAACAAUCGAAUGAUAUUAGAGGCUGAUCAUGCCAAAAGAGACGCAAAAUCAAUAGCGAAGGAAGAGAAAAUCAAGAAACGUUUUUUAUUUUUUUGA